AUGCUAAAAGGUAUGUCAGAGCAAAUUCUUUUUGUUUUAAUACUUACUGUGGCUGCUUACGCUAAAGAGUAUAUAAUCGGUAAUGCACCUACUCCAUUAGUAAAAGGAAAGCUUAUUGCUGAAAUUCCAAAAUUAGAUAAAGAAUAUUUAAUUUCACUUGAUAUUAUUCCUAAUAAAUUUGUUGCUGGUUGGCAUAGUGUUAUUCAUUUCACUACUGGGUCUGAUAGUGAUAGAGUUCCAGGCAUCUGGUUCCACAAAGAUAGUAAUGGAGGUCUUCAUAUUGCAGCAGCAAUUAAUGGAAAUACUAACAGAUAUUUUAACACAAAACCGAUUGGAAUAAAUGUGUGGUCCAACAUAGAGAUAUCUCAAACUUUAAAAGAUGCAGUGUAUGUAUACACAAUCAAAAUUAAUGGAGAAAUGAUCUUUUCUGAAAUAAACAACCAAGCUCAAUAUUUUGAUAAUGUAAAAGUAUAUGCCUCAGAUCCAUGGUAUGAAGUUCAAGAUGGCUCAAUAAAAAAUUUGUAUAUUAUUAAUGGUGUUACAAAAACUGGAUUACAACCUGUAGUUAUUCUUCCAACAGAUUAUAUUCACCACAUAAAAGAGUUCACUCUUAUUCAAAGUGCACUCCUUGGAACUUUAUAUGUUUUAAAGAAAGAAUAUACUAUUUCAUUUAAACUGAAGCCAAUAAAAUAUUCUAAAGGCUGGAAAAGUGUUCUUCACUUGACAUUAGGUAAGGAUUAUGGAACUUAUGGUGACAGAAAUCCAGGUGUUUGGUUUCAUGAAGAUGGCUCAGGAAAACUUUCUAUUUUUGCUGCUGUAAGCGGUAAUGUUAACUAUUAUGUAGAAACUACUUCACUUCCUUUGAAUGCAUGGUCCUACCUUAAAAUAUAUCAAAUUUUUAUGGAUGGAAAGUAUUGGUUUUCUGUUGAUUUGAAUGGAAUCAAUAUUCAUAGAGUAGAAAAUAUUGAUGCGAGGGAUUUCAAAACUCUGAAGGUUUAUGCCUCUGAUCUUUGGUAUGCUUCUCAAGAAGGAUUGAUUAGUGACCUUUUAAUAAUUAAUGGAAAAGCUGAGUAUAUAGUUGGUAAUAUGCAUACUCCAUUAAUUAGAGGAAAAAUUGUUGCUGAAAUACCAAAGCUAGAUAAAGAAUAUUUAAUUUCGUUUGAUGUUAAUCCUAAUAAAUUUGUUGUUGGUUGGCAUAGUGUUAUUCAUUUCACUACUGGGUCUGAUGGUGAUAGAGUUCCAGGCAUCUGGUUCCACGAAGAUGGUAAUGGAGGUCUUCAUAUUGCAGCAGCAAUUAAUGGAAAUACCAACAGAUAUUUUAACACAAAACCGAUUGGAAUAAAUAAGUGGUCCAACAUAGAGAUAUCUCAAACUUUAAAAGGUGCAGUAUAUGUAUACACAAUCAAAAUUAAUGAAGAAAUGGUCUUUUCUGAAAUAAACAAUCAAGCUCAAUACUUUGAUAACGUGAAAGUAUAUGCCUCAGAUCCAUGGUAUGAAGUUCAAGAUGGUUUAAUAAAAAACUUGUUUCUAUGUAAUGGGCCAUCAAGUAAUGUUCAACUACCAAGUCCGGUCAUUCUUCCUAGAGAUUUUAUUAACGAUGCAUCAGAAAUGAUCAUUAAAAGAAAUAAUUUGGUUGCGACAAUGGUACUUUUAAAGACACAGUUCAGUGUUUCAUUUGAAUUGAAACCAACUUUAUAUAAAACAGGAUGGCAUAGUGUUUUCCAUAUGACAAUUGGACAAAAUCUUGAAAACUAUGGCGAUAGAAAUCCAGGUAUAUGGUUUAACAAUGAUGGGUCUGGAAAAUUGCACGUGGCGUUCAGUAUAAACGGAAACAACAAUUAUUUCUUCACUACAAAGUCGUCAUUGCCCCUGAACGAAUGGUCAAAAAUAGAAAUACUUCAACGACUUCAAUUUUCAGUAUAUGUUUUUGAAGUAAGGCUUAAUGAAAAGGUCGUAUUUACUAUCAAUAAUAACGAUGCACGCGAUUUUAAAAAUGUAAAAGUUUACGUUAGUGAUCCAUGGUAUAAUGCUCAACCCGGUUUAGUGAAAAACAUCAAAAUUACUAACAGCAUUUAAGUAGACAAUCUUGCAUAAAGAACUUGUAAUACUGUUUUGUUUGUGUUAAAAAUAAUAUCCAAUAA